UCCCCCGUUCACACUCUCUCCCCGCCCCCCGUACGAAACCCUAGGCCGCGGCGCGCCGCGCCGCCCCAAAACCCCGCGGCCGACGGUGGCUCCCGCAUGGACCCCGCCGCGCCGGACCCCGACGGCGGCGGCCUCCCGCCGCGCGGAUCCGACGCCGCCGACGUCGCCGGCAACACGUGGGACCUCGCCCCCUUCUCGCCGCCGCCCGCUGCGCUCCGCGGCGGCGAGCUCUACAUCUACCGCAACGCCUACAACCUGGUCCCGCGCUCCAUCGGCGAGUGCCGCGGGGGGCUCAGGGCGCUCAAGUUCUUCGGCAACGACGUCGAGGUGCUGCCCCCGGAGGCCGGGGACCUGGACGGGCUCCAUAGCCUCCAGCUCAAGGUCUCCGCGCCCAGGGUCUCCGGGGCCGUGCUCCGGCGGAUGCGGGCGCUCAGGGAGCUCGAGCUCUCCAUGGUGCCGCCCAGGCCCUCCGCCUGCUCCAUACUCGUCGAGAUCGCCGGCCUCAAGUGCCUCACCAAGCUCACCAUCUGCCACUUCUCCAUCAGGUUCCUCCCCCCUGAGAUUGGUUCCCUCAGGAAGCUCCAAGAACUUGAUCUGUCUUUCAACAAGCUGAAGAACUUGCCUAACUGGAUAACCGAGUUGCGGGCCCUGAAAUUCCUCAAAGUGACUAAUAAUAAGUUGGUAGAUUUACCAUCAGGGAUCUCUUCUUUGAGAUGUCUUGAAAGCCUUGACUUAUCGAACAAUAGAUUGACAUCCCUUGGAUCAGUUGAACUAGUCUCUAUGCUUACACUGCAGUAUCUUAAUCUUCAGUUUAAUAGGAUUUCCCAUUCUUUUAUGAUACCCUCUUGGGUAUGCUGUGACAUGAGGGAAAAUGGUGAAAUUCCUUUGAAGAGUGACAAGCUACAACGUCUAGGUAUCGCAAACAUAAACAGAUCAGCAGAACCUAGACCUGCAAGUCAUGCUUGCAAUGGCGUGCUCUCAUGCUCACCCACAGAUAUUUCCCCCAAUUUAAAAGCUCAUACCGCACAGAAAAUGAAGAAGGGCUGGAAGCGACGGGAUUGCCUGCAACAGCAGGCUCGCCACGAGCGUUUGGAGUCCAGCAGGAGCAGGCUUUGUGAAAAUGACAUUGAUGAAAUGGCUGUGAACAUGACUGAAGAUGAUAUGGAAAACAGGCCAGUGAUGAAAGACAUUGUUGAAGAAAGUUCAGCACAGGAUUUGAAAGAAACAAGUUCUAUAUCUGAAGACCUAUCUUGCAUAAUCGAUUAUGACUCAGAUGGGCUUAUAAAAGAUAGUGGCAUGAUGCUUCAGGACCAAUAUGGCGAUGGAAAAACUGGAAUAAAUAUGAGAAGUUGUCAUGACAACAAUUCUGGUAUCAGCACCGAUCCAGCUUGUUUGGGCAGUAUUGAAAAUGAACUUGAGGAUACCGCUUCAUCAACCCGCAAUGCAGUUGAAGUUGUUGAAGAGAACACUUCAGAGGCAUCUAAGCUUACACUGAAAUCUAAAAGGCAUCCUGAUAUGGACAAUAAUCCCAAACCCAGCAAAUGCCCAAGACCAAUUGAUGAAUCCUCGAAGUUAUCCUAUAAGUACAGCGUGGAGUCAUUUUGCAGCAUAGAUGACCAUUUACCGGAUGGAUUUUAUGACGCGGGGCGAGAUAUGCCGUUCAUGCCAUUAGAGGAGUACGAACGGAGUCUCGGACUGUAUGCGCGUGAAGUUAUUCUUUUGGACAGAGAACAAGAUGAAGAAUUGGACGCAAUUGCUUCUUCAGCACAACUGUUGUUAUCCAGUUUGAAGAGGCCAAGUUAUUCCGAAACAGAUGAAGAUGCAGGUCAGGACUUGCUAAGGGCAUCAGUUCUUGCUUUGUUUGUCUCUGACUGUUUUGGAGGUUGUGAUCGAAGUGCUUCUCUGAGGAGAACACGGGGAGCUAUUGUUAGCUUGAGGAAGGAGCAACCAUUCAUUUGUACUUGUGCUGCCGGUAGCAUGUGUGAUAGCAAUGAAGCAUCAAAACAAGCCAGUACCCCUCCCGGGCACUUCAAUUUUACUGGUCUCUGUGAUAAAUCAAUACACAUCAUUAAGGAAAGGAAUAAUUCAGGCAUUGUACCAAUAGGGGCAUUGCAGUUUGGUGUUUGCAGGCACCGAGCUGUCCUAAUGAAGUAUUUGUGUGACCGGGCGGACCCUCCAAUUCCUUGUGAGCUUGUGAGGGGGCAUCUUGACUACACGCCUCAUGCUUGGAAUGUUGUCCCUAUUAGACAAGGGAAUAUCUUGGUAAGGAUGAUUGUUGAUGCGUGUUACCCCACGAACAUAAAGGAAGAGACGGAUCCAGAGUACUUCUGCAGGUAUGUUCCCCUCAGUCGACUGCACGUUGCGCUUGAUGAUGAAGGCUAUACACCUCGGUCUUCCUUCCCUUCGGUCUCACUAUGCAAAGAAAUUGAAGCUACAGCUUCCAGCGCUGUCUACCACUGCAAAAUUGGUUCAGUUGAUGCAGCAGCAAAGAUACGGUACCUAGAUACCCGGCGUGCUUCUAAUGAUGAAGUAAAAAAAUUUGAAUACAAGCUUCUUGGGGAAGUAAGAAUGAUGAAUGCUCUAAGGAAGCACAGAUCCAUAGUGGACAUAUAUGGUCACCAACUUUCUUCUAAAUGGGUUCAAGAUGAUAGUGAUAAGGAGUACAGGAUAAUGCAGUCUGUAAUUUUAAUGGAAUAUGUGAAAGGAGGUUCACUGAAGGGCUAUUUGACAAAACUACUGAAAGAGGGCAAGAAACAUGUACCUGUGGACCUGGCAUUUUACAUUGCUCGAGAAGUUGCUUCUGCUUUGUUGGAGAUGCACAGGAAGCUAGUUAUUCACCGGGACAUAAAAAGCGAGAAUGUUUUGGUUGAUUUGGAUUCGAAGAGGAGUCAUGGGACACCAGUAGUCAAACUCUCUGAUUUCGACAGAUCCAUUCCUUUGCAUUCUCUAUCCCAUACAUGCUGUAUAGCUCACCUUGGCACAUAUCCACCCAAUGUUUGUGUUGGGACACCUUGUUGGAUGGCUCCAGAGGUUCUUCAGGCCAUGCAUGAGAAAACCCAGUAUGGACUGGAAGUGGAUAUCUGGUCAUAUGGGUGUUUUAUAUUCGAGAUGCUUACACUUCGCAUACCCUACGAGGGACUACCAGAUUCAGAAAUAUAUGAUCUCAUAAAGAGGAAGAAACAAAGGCCAAGGCUAACUAAAGAAUUAGAAGCGUUCUGGACAGUGGACGAGCCAAUUACAAGGCUGAAGUUGGGGAUCACAUCUGAUGCUCAUGCAGAGAAACUAAGAUUUCUAAUUGAUCUAUUCUACCAGUGCACCAGAGGAACUGCAUCUAGGCGCCCCAAGGCCGAGCAAAUUUACAAUUCGCUUUGCUCCUUACCCACAUGCUAUGACCUGAGCUGACCCCGUGGAUUCUGAAUGAGAAAGCUGAUGGUUAGGCAGUCUCGCUGCCAGAUCGGCCUCGGUCAGGACAGGUUAAACGGGACAGCUAUAGCAGGUCAUUGGAUCUGGCCAGCUUCUGAGUGCCUCGGGGCUCGAACCAGAACACUCCGCAUUUCACUGAUGUUGGUCUUCGGGUGGUGGCGGAAAAAGUCAAACCAAGGCGAUGGGCGACUUUGGCCGCUGAAGCUCCUCCUGGGUCAGUUUUGCAGCAGCGCUGCAUGCUGGCUUCACCUGUUGUAGCAGUCUCCAUCCUGGUCGUGUGUGUAUGUGUAUGUCAUGUAAUAUUUUUCUUCAUAAUUUGCAAUUUUCCAUAACUUAUUAUUCAAUCGAGUCUUCUAAGUUAUCGAUUUAGGUCAAGGCUCCAUUUUUAUGUAUCUGUGUACGUACGAUUGUCGGUCCAGCGGUGAGCCAUGUAACUUUAGAAUGCUGAGUUGUGUAACAAACGGGAACGGGACAAUUUUUUAACAGAGGCUGUGUGUUAUGAUUUCCCUGCCA